GGAGUUUUGAUCCCUCUCCCUCUCCAUCCCCAUCUCCAUCUUCUUCCACAAUAAGCACGAUGCUUUGAUCAUCCCAAAGGAUGAAGCAGAGUGCGUGGUUUCAAGUUUGGUAAUUGAAUAAAUAAAGUAGUGUUCUGCUGCACUUUCUAGGUAUAUCUUGAAUCGUUGAUUACUGGAUAUUUCUCCAUGGGGGGAGCUUGUUCUAGGAAGAGAAACCAUCGAGAUGAUGAAGAUAACUUUCCUAGAGGGAUUACCAGAAGAUAUUCCAAGAGUGGGAGUUCAAAGUGGUUGGCAACCUCCUUCUCUCGACCUGCUGCAGAUAUUCAACAUGACAAAGGGCAAUGCCCAUCCCUCAUGGACUUGUGCGCAUGGAAAAUAUGUGAGGACAUUGAUAAAUAUAGCACAUUCUCUAAGCUCCCAAGAGAUAUUAGUCAGCAUAUCAUUAAUGAGUUGGUGUACUCUGGAUGCCUAACUGAUGUUUCUUUUGAAGGUUUCCGGGAUUGUGCUUUGCAGGAUCUUUACUUGGGAGAAUACCCUAAUGUGAAUGAUGCGUGGAUGGAUGUCAUAUCCUCACAAGGAUCAUCUUUACUCUCUCUUGAUCUCUCUGGUUCUGAUGUUACUGACAGUGGGUUAAUUUAUCUCAAAGAUUGCACAAAUCUCCAAGCGUUAAACCUGAAUGAUUGUGAUGAGAUAUCAGAUCAUGGGCUGGAACACAUAAGUGGUCUAUCUAACUUGACGAAUUUGAGUUUUAGAAGAAACUGUUCAAUCACUUCUCAUGGAAUGAGUGCCUUUUCUAGUUUAUUUGGUUUGAUCAAGUUGGACUUGGAGAAAUGCCCAGGGAUCCAUGGUGGACUUGUUCAUCUUCAAGGUUUAACAAAUUUAGAGUCUCUGAAUAUCAAAUGGUGCAACUCCAUAUCAGAUGCUGACAUGAAGCCUCUCUCAGGGCUUACAAAUUUGAAAUGCUUACAAAUUUCCUGCAGUAAGGUUACUGAUUCUGGCAUCACUUAUUUGAAAGGUCUUCACAAUCUUUCUCUUCUGAACUUGGAGGGAUGCCCGGUAACUGCUGCAUGUUUGGACUCUCUUUCAGCUCUUGAUGCCCUUUUAUAUCUGAAUCUGAGCCGAUGUCAUCUGACUGAUGGAGGAUGUGAGAAGUUUUCUCGAUUUGGAAACUUAAAAGUACUAAACUUGGGGUUCAAUGAAAUCACAGACGCCUGUCUAGUGCACUUAAAAGGUUUGACAAAUUUGGAGAGUUUGAACGUGGAUUCAUGUAGAAUUGGUGACAAAGGGCUGGUUAACUUGACAGGUCUUAAGCAUCUGAAAUGCCUGGAACUGUCAGAUACUGACGUUGGAAGCAAUGGGCUCCGCCAUUUGUCAGGAUUGGUUAAAUUAGAAAGUAUAAAUCUGUCUUUCACUGAGGUUUGUGAUAGUGGAUUAAGAAAGCUGUCCGGGCUAUCAUCUCUUAAAUCACUUAAUUUGGAUGCACAUAAGAUAACAGAUACUGGACUUGCAGCUCUUACAAGUUUGACUGGCUUGACACACCUGGAUCUGUUUGGAGCUCGGAUUACAGAUUCUGGAACAAAUGAUCUGCGAAGCCUUAAGAACUUGAGGUCCCUAGAAAUAUGUGGUGGAAGAUUGACAGAUGCUGGAGUAAAGAAUAUUAAAGAUCUUUCAUCCUUGACUCUAUUGAAUCUAUCACAAAACUGCAACCUAACGGAUAAAACCUUAGAGUUGAUUUCGGGGCUCACAGGAUUGGUCUCUUUAAACGUUUCAAAUUCUCGUAUCACCAACUCAGGACUUCGUCAUUUGAAACUGCUUAAGAAUUUGAAGUCUCUGACUUUGGAGGGCUGCAAGGUGACUGUGAAUGACAUUAGGAAGCUUCAGAUGACUGACCUUCCAAAUCUGGUAAGCUUCCGGCCUGAAUAGUUGUGGAGGUAAUUGAAUCUGUAGCUGUAAGCUUCUGGCAACUUGAGCAGACUGAUAUGUACAUAAGGGAGAGCUUGCAUAAAUUGUAUAUUUGGUUGGAUGUGUAUUUGGAGUCCAAACGUCUCUUGAACUGAAAGAUUAGAGGGUCACUCUGUGCUUCAUGUGAAGCAUUCUUCCAUGGUUGAUUUUUGGCAUGGGAGAAAAUGUGGAUAAGCUUCCUAGGCAUGAUCGAGUCCUCUAUAUCUUUUCAAGUGGUUUAGAGCCUUCUAUUGAAAUAACUAUUGUACAUACCUGCUGGAAGUUGUAGUGCUUCCCGUUUUCUUAUUGUACAGAAUGUAAAAAACAUGGAUACUUUUUUCUGAACUAAAUAUUCAGUGAUGUGGGUUGCUCAUGAUCUGCG